AUGUUAUAAAAUACAGCAUUUUCGGUGGGAUGGCUUGGAUCUUAACCUAUCAUUUCAAUCUCGCUUUUGCGAUAUCUUGUGAAAACAGAUGUUGCUGCUCUUUAUGCUUCUUAGUUUUUCAUUAGACUGUGGUGUAUUGUUGCUUUCCUAAUAGCUUUCAUUUACAAAAUUUUAAGUCUUCAACAUCCCACUAAGAAUUCACCUCAUGAGUUAGCUUAGCCAUUUAGAUUUUCCUUUUCUCUUGUUUUCACCUGUGCAAUAUUUGAAUUCAUUCAAUUGGCAUUAACAAUUCACGCAUUAGCCUAUUACAGCAUUGUUCAUUAUUUAGCUCUUUACUAGUUAUUCAGAGCCUUCUUUAGAAGUUGGAUAAACAAUGUGACUCCGAAUACAAUAUUCUGUUCAUUUUUAUUAAUGGCCUUAGUCUAUUUGCUAGAAGAUUGGUUAGUACUAAUUCCUGGCACUGCUUUUUAAAACAAAUAUCUUUCUAUUAAAAAAUCGUUUGAUUGGUAACCUCUUAUAAUGGUUAUUUGUGCAGCAGCCUCGCAUACUCUUGGCAUUUGGAUAUUCAAGGUUUUGUCAAUGAAAAUGCAUUAAACUUAAAAAGCCUUCAUCGACAGGGUUUCUUGGUCUAACUACAUAGCCGAUGAACCCGACAAAAUCACCUAUAGUUUAUGCGUAGUCAAUAGUUUGUUCAGCAAAUAUUUAGAGGCUUAAUUGAGAAUACAUUGUGAGACUAAUUCCAUGUAAAUCGAUGGACUCUCUUAAAAGGAACUCCGAUCUUUAAUCAAGGAUUAUUUUGAUAACCAUCUAACUUACAGUUUUCAGUAUAUGGAGUAAUUCAAGAUAUUCAAUUUCAACAAAGAAGCCAUUGAUGAUCCUGCCAUUUAUAAGGAAGAAGAUACGUUACUUAGAAGAUUGAUUAGGGAGAAGAUCUAUGAAAUCUAGCUUGAGCAUCAAAGAUACAAGGAAUUAUUUGGAUCUGAUAAGUAUCUUAAUCUCUAAUUCGAAAUUCUAUUUGAAGAUUAUGGUAUACAUGAAUACAUUUGGGAUGACGAAACACCCUAUAUUUAAUUGAUAAUUUCAUUUUUUGAGGGAAUCUUUUGUUUCUGUGCUGCCUUCUAUAACCAUGAAUACGAUGACUUAUUUUCAAAUGGAUACGAUGUAUAAAUGUCCCAUGUUUCUUAUUAUGUAUGGAUAACUAUAUUUUUGGGGGUUUUUUAAUUGCUAAAAAUAUUCUCAUUUAAAGUGAUGUUCUUGUGGAAUGUUCAAACUUAUUUUUUCAGUGGGAUUUUCACCGAGUUAAUAGUUGUGUAUAUUACAAUGCUUUGGAUUGAACCUGUUGGAUAUCUAUAAGUCUUAGGCUUAAUCUUAUCCUAUGCCAUAAUGUGUGUAUUGUAUAGAUCUGCUGAAAAGGUGAGAGAUCAAAAGAACAAACUCUUUUAUUUGAGUUUUAUAACUUUCUUAAUAAGAGUCCAGAAAUUUACUGUUAGAGAAGGAUCUUAAAUAAUCCAAAUGAUGUCCUUAUGUGCAGAAAGACUAAGUCUCAAUGAAUUUUUAAAGGUUUUGGCUUAAAUUCUCUGUACUCACGGCAGAUAUCAUUUUGGAGAGAGUCCUUUCUUUUAAUUUUAGAUUCCGUUUAUCUUUCAAUCUCAACUUAGAUAUGAAAACAACAUUGAAGAUCCCUAUCUUCCUGAAUUUGAUGAUGAACAUCUACUUAGAGAAGAGGACAAACAAACAAAGUUUGAGAGAUAUGUUAUUGAUAGCAAAUACGAGAAUGAGAAAUAAUCAGUGAAGGAUGAAGUCAAAUAGUAAGUUAUGGAAAUUAGAAAAUUGAAUAAAUCAAAAAUACUUUAAAGCAACAUCUAGCAAUCAAGAAUUGUUUAAAUUGAUGAUCAUCAAGAGUGA